AUGGAAAGUAACGUCUUUGUUGGUGUGAAAUUUUCUCCCAAUGGUAGUGGUUUAUCUGAUGAACUCUACUCAGCUGAUCCAGCACGGUUUAGCAAGCUACCGAACAACUACGACUACAUUCUGCUUCCUAUUACGAACGGCAAAUACAGGGAGAGCGUAAGGAAGCAGUUUCAGGAAUUCAAUCAAAGAAGACAGCGAGAAUCACAUCCAGGUUGCGUAUUGAAGAUCAAAGAACCUCAAUUGCAAGAGCUGUGCAUCCCUCCAUUCAACGUUAGUAAAACUAACAGUCCAGCGGCCUACAUUGGGCUUUUAUCUUCAUGGUUGGAGUUGGAAAGUUCAGAUAAUGCUGUAAGGGAAUUGUCCUACCAAGUGUUGCUCAAUGAGUGCAGAUAUGCAAGAUUUGUUGGGAUCGAUAAGCUUAUAGUAGCUCCGCCACGGGAGCUCUCUGAUUUGUUAAGGUACGCCCAAGUCAUCUCAAGACUACUAAACGAUGAAGCUAUCUCGGCGCACCCUCCCAUGCUGCUAUCUGUAUCUCUACCAUUAUAUGAGGAUAGCGAUCCUCUUGCUACGUGGGAACUCUGGCACACUAUAAGGAAAUUGUGUGAUUAUCACCCAUCGCUGACAAUAUCCUUGGCUGUUCCGCGAAUAAGGGCUCCAUCGCAUGUGCUAAACAGGUGGCUAUGUGAACCAGUAUCGUGUUUACUGGUAUCGUCAUCCAUAUUUGCCACAAACCAAUAUGACUAUCCCGUUUUGCAUAAAUUCAAUCAGAGUUUAAUAACAAAAUUUCAACAGAUCAACGGGAACUCCCAACCCAAUUCCAAUGGUGAGCUCUGCAUUAUCUUGCAUGGUAUGGAGAAAUACGCCGGUCAAAUAAAAGGGGGAGAGGCAGCAUACUUGGAAUAUAUCAACUAUCUCUUAAAGAGAGGUGAUAAACAACUCAUAACUCAAGGUAGGAACACUAUCAAUUAUAAUGGAAUAAAAGGUAAGAGAACCAAUAAUGGUAAUAAUAACAAUAAUAAUGAAAAUAAUAAACUAAUAAGUCAUUCACAUCUCGAUAUGCAUUCUCCCAGAUUGAUGCCCCCAUUAAAGCCCCACUCAAAUAACCUGUCAAACUACGUGUACUCAGUCUUCGAGAAGGACGUAGCCAAAUAUGGCAUGUAUCAAUUGGCCAUCGAAAAAGCCCUGAAAAAGCUAAUGUCUGGGAACAUAUCAGAGCAGCUAACUAUUCUGAUUGCCGGUGCAGGUCGAGGACCUUUAGUAGAUCGAACGAUGCACCUCCUAAAGCACAUGAAGUGCCAGAAUCAGAUUCAAGUGAUUGCACUGGAAAAGAAUCCACAAGCGUGCUUAUACUUGCAGAAACGAAACUUUGAUUUGUGGAACAAUCGCGUGAGAAUUAUCAUGGAAGAUAUGUGCCAAUGGAAAGAUGAGACAAUCAAAGUUGAUUUAUGCAUCAGUGAGUUGCUGGGGUCAUUCGGCUGCAACGAGCUAUCUCCCGAAUGUCUAUCUGCAGUUGAGCGGUUCCAUUCUAAGCCAAGUACAAUAUUUAUACCACAGGCAUACACGUCUUAUAUUGCUCCGAUAGCAUCGCCGCUACUCUAUCAAAAGUUGAAAAAUCGUGAAGGUGGACAAAAUUCACCAUGGGUUAUGCACAAUAUUCCUUACUCUGUGUUGUCAUCGAAGAUCAAUGAAUUGUGGUCGUUUCAGCAUCCUCUAGGAAAAAAUGAUGAGAACCAGUUCUCGAAGAACGUUAACAGCGAGUUCAAAAUCAAGUACAGAGGAGAGCUACAUGGUUUGGUAGGGUAUUUUACGGCUCAGCUGUACGAAAAUGUUAUGUUAUCGACAGUCCCUGACGACUCAAUUGUGAAAUUGCUUCCCGGUUCCCUAAAUGGUGACGAAGAAAUAUACACCCAAAAUGCUUCUCAUCAGCGAGGUGUUUCUAACAGUGAUGUGACUGUUUUUGCGGAUAGCACUUUGGGGGAGAGAUUUAAGAAGCUAGGACAUACGCCGGACAUGUACUCAUGGUCUCCGUUAGUGUUCCCGUUGAAGCAGCCUUUCACAGUGACAGACGACACAGAACUCACGGUUUUUCUGUCACGAAACCAUUCACCGUUGGAGAAACGGACAUGGUAUGAAUGGUCACUGGAAAGUUUUGUUUAUCUAGUUGUGUCGGGCUCACCUUUACACAAAAUGUCGGCGGGUACACCAAUGGCUCAAUCUUCUAAGAAUGGUCAGAAAGUAGUUGCAACAGGUGACAAAGGCAUACAAGGAUCUGAGGGAGCACCUUUCGACAGCUCGAUACCAGAAAAUGCUUUUUUGCCGCGACAAGAAAGUGUUUGGCAGAGUGUUAGCGACAUACAUGGCUUGAGUGAAGCUAUGAGUAACACCGCUGAACCAAUGUUCGAUUUGAAAAAUGAGAAAGUGGACGUCAAAGCAGAGGAAGACUCCGAGGAAGAAGUACACGUACGAGUCAAAACUGGCGUCUCAGCAUUUCACAACGUCAACGGAAAGUCUUCCUCAAUUGCGCUGUGA